CUUGACAACAUUUUGUCCAACAGUGACAACCAGCUGUGCUCUUAAAUAAGUGAUACUAUAAGUUAUUUAAAAACAUAUUUUUUUAAGAAACUAGUCAUAUUUAUUGCAUUUAUUAACACAGAAUAGAGUAUGUUUUGAAAAUGCCUUCAUAUAUUACAAGUUUAAUUUUCACAUCCUUAGUAUGUCAACUAACAGUGGUUUUCGCUCAUGACCACCUACUCGAAGGUAUUUAUUGUGGUAAAGAAAACUGUUAUAAUGUUUUGGGUGUUACAAGAGAGGCUACUAAGAGUGAAAUAUCCAAAAAUUAUAGACAACUGGCGAAAAAAUACCACCCAGACAAACAUCGCGGUGAGCAAGAAAAAAAAGAAGCCGAGGAAAAGUUUAAAGAAAUAGCAACGGCUUAUGAAAUACUAAGAGACGAUGAAGAAAGGUCUGAUUACAAUUACAUGUUAGAUAAUCCGCAGGAAUAUUAUGCCCAUUACUAUAGAUAUUACAGACGCCGCAUGGCCCCGAAGGUCGACGUUCGAAUUGUUUUGGCUGUGACUAUUACUAUUAUAUCUGUAAUACAGUACUACAGUGCGUGGUCUAAAUAUGACACGGCCAUCAAAUAUUUCAUGACAGUACCCAAGUACAGACACAGGGCAUUAGAAAAAGCUAAAGCUGACAAUAUAGAAAUUCAAACAAAAGUCAAAGGCCCUAAGAAAAAUAAAGUUGAACUAAAAGAGGAGCAAGAUAGGAUAAUAAGAAAAAUUAUUGAAGAAAACAUGGACAUAAAAGGUGCUUACGCUAAGCCUGAGAUAACAAAUAUACUAUGGAUACAAAUUAUAAUACUGCCUUACACCAUAGCUGUGUUCAUAUACUGGUAUCUUAGAUGGUUCUGGAAAUUCACGAUAUUAAAGCAUCCUUACGGGGAGGAAGAAAAGUUAUAUAUUAUUAGAAUUAUGAAACUCGGCCAGUAUCAAUUUAAUGCUUUAGAAGAUGACGAGAGACAGGAAUUUUUAGAUGAGGAAUUGUGGAUAAAGGAGAACUUUGAUGUAUGGAAGGAAUUAAAAGACGAGGAAACCAAAAAGGCCUUAGCUGAUAACAAUAAAUAUAAACAAUACAGAAGGUAUAUUAAGCAGCACGGAGUCGGUCGAAUGACCUUUGACGACUCAUGAUAUUCAAUAUUCAUAUUUUUUUAAUCUAUAUAAACGUUGAAAUGUUCAUUAAAUUUUAUAACACAGACUCACAGAUAAUUAAAUUGUUAUCGGCGACAGAAUACAAAUAAAACAAAUUUUAUACACAA